CAGUGCACUACAUGUGCAAGAGGACGGCGUUUCCGAUUGAACACAGGCCCAAUGCCCAGUACUCGUAGUGUCAUAGGUUCACGCGCCACUAAAGGGAAACCCCGCCCACCGUUCUCACCUUAACGACACGUGACUGUGAAAGCCCAAGGUUGAAGGGCCUAUCAUAUGAUGUAUGAGAAGUUAACAAUGCUGAAUUUGCAAAGUAGUUCGAAUUGGAACAUGCCUAAUGAUUGGUACCAUCAACAGAACAGCUCUACCACCCAUCACAGCACAGUGUCUGAUGGCUGCAUGGUGGACACAGACACAGGGAUGGGGACAGGAGGAGGAAGAGUGCAGAUGGAGAGGGACGACGGAGAAGAAUCACAGCUGCGGCUGCAGCUGAAAAGGAAACUGCAGAGGAACAGGACCAGCUUUACUCAGGAGCAGAUUGAGGCUCUGGAGAAAGAAUUUGAGAGGACACAUUACCCUGAUGUCUUUGCACGAGAACGUCUAGCAAAUAAAAUAGACCUCCCAGAAGCACGGAUCCAAGUGUGGUUUUCCAACCGAAGAGCCAAAUGGAGACGAGAAGAGAAGUUGCGCAACCAGAGGAAAUCUGCGGGUGGAACUUCAUGCACCCAAACACAUACUCCACUUAGCACGUCCUUUAACUCAGCCCUCUAUCAGCAGCACAGCAACAGUGCAGGCUCCAUGAUCAAUCAGAGUGAGACAACCCUCCCUAGUUACAGUUCACUUUCUGUCUAUUCUGGAGUACAGGCCCGCCUACUGGAAACACCAGCACAGGUUUGAUCUCUCCUGGAAUUUCAGUACCGGUCCAGGUCCCAGGGAAUGAGCAAAACAUGGGCCAGAACUUGGGCCAGUACUGGGCCCGACUUCAGUGAGGAAAAAGCAGUUCAUGAGCAUGUGAGAAAGUGAUGGAGUCAGAAACAAAACCUUGAAGAGAAAGCUCAUGCAUGAAAACUCAGCUGUGCUGAAUACUCAGUAUAGAGUUCACAGGGAUACAAAUUAUUAAUAUUCAAGAUUAAUGCACUGUGCAGAAGUGUUGUAACUUUCUGGUUUUGUAAACUAUAUUGCAUUGUCACCAGCAUGAACCGGUUGCAAUGCACUAUGAGACAUUUUGACUUUUUUUCUUGAUUGUCUGCCGUUUAAACUUACACUAUUAAAUUUGCAAGAAAGUGGAUCAUGCAUAAGCACUUUCAGGAUUCCACUGAACACUUGCUAAAUAAAAAAAUUAUUUAGAUUAAACCUAUUCAGUAAGUGGGCUUAUUAUGUACACUUAUUAGUAGUUUAAGUUUUCAUUCAUGGCCUGAGAGACAUGUAAACAUUUUUUAGGUUACACAAAGAACCAAAAACUAAUGAACUCAUGUAUGGUUGUUUACAAAAGUAUUUACUUCUCUUUUAGAAUAAUUUCUUAAAGGGAAAAUUACUUCAUGAAAAAUGUCCAUGCUCGAAUUGAUUGAAAAAUACUGUGAAACUUUCUAAAUCACAUAUUUGUCGAUUUACAUGGUUUUUUUUCCCAGAGUUUUAAUUAGAUGAUUAAUUUAUUUUCACAUAUGAACUCUUCACAUGUGAAUAUGUGGGGGGAUUCCAACAAACAGAAACAGUGAGAGGAAGUCAACAAGUAUGUUGUAAAAACAGUACUGGAACAGAGCCAUUGUGUCAAAAGCUGACAUCCGUUGAAACACUUGCACUAGAGCGAAUGACUAUCGGUGAUCAUUAAAAAGCCAGUGACAAUCACUGACAAUUAUGCAUCUUGAAUUUUCAUAAUGACUUUAAAAGCACUUGACAAUCCAAAGUUUCUCAUCCCUGCUUUUUGCCCCAAAACAUUACCACGCUUUAAUUUAAUCUGUAAUUUGAUUAGAAAAUACAUUUUAUAUUAAUUCAUAUGUUUUGCCAUCUUCUGUGUAACCACGUUUAAAUGCUAGGAUUUCUGAUCUGUGUACUCCUUUUAGUAUAUGCUCAUUAAAUCUGUGAAUGUGUACAUAUGUGCAUGUGUGUGUUGGAGGGCAGGUUGUUUUGUUUAUUUUUUUUUUUGUGUAAAGAUAAAAAGGUGUCUUUUUCCUGCAGUCAA